AUGAAAUUCGGAAAGUACUUGGCUUCUCGCCAACUCGAGCUUCCGGAGUACUCCGGUCAUUUCAUUGACUACAAAGCACUCAAAAAACUCAUAAAGCACUUGGGGAUGCCAGCAGCGUCAUUGGAUUUUAGUGAAACUCCAUCUACGCCUACACAGAGCCAAAUUCAAGCCAAACUAAAAGAGAACAAGGCCUCCUUUUUUUUCAAGGUAAAGCGUGAAUUGGACAAAGUCAACUCAUUUUACUUGGAAAAACAAGCCAAUCUCACUGUGAACUUGGACCUUCUCAUGAUGAAGAAAAAUGAGCUUCUAUCAAAAUCUGCACAGUUGGCAUUGCAAUCUUCAGAUCACUCGUCGCUCAACUUCAAAAACUCGAUUUUGUACUUGAAUCUCUACCAGAGCUUUAAGAAGAUACACCAGGAUUUGUCUCGUUUACAACAGUUCAUCGAGUUGAACGAGGCAGGGUUUCUGAAGGUGGUGAAAAAAUGGGAUAAACGCUCAAAAUCUCACACCAAAGAAUUGUUUAUCCAAACAGCUGUGAGCGUUCAACCAGUUUUCCACAAGAAUGAGAUCAAUGAGUUGUCUGACUUGGUGACACUGUCCUUGUUCGACUUGGAAAGCAUCAUGGACGGAGAUUACUCCGCAUUGAAAUCUGCCUCCAUCUCGGAACUUUCGAUGGCGUCGGCACUGACUAAUAGAACUGGUUCCAUCACUAAGUUGGAGCAAGAUGCAACCGUGGAGUCCACAAACCUGUCGUACCAUGGGCCUGGGCAAUUCAAUACCUCCCGUCAUAGUUCGUUGUCGGGAUUCUACCAUAACGAAAUUGAUGAUUUGUAUUCUAGUUUCGUCAACGUUGCCACUACGAAGAUUCCAGAUAUGUCUGUUCUUGAGCGAUGGUUCGCCAAGGUCGAAUCGUCUUCCGAAGACGGCUCAGGAAAGGAGAAAUUAUCCAAAAUAUUCAUACUCGCGAUCAGUAAUUUGAAGAUAUCUGAUGCAUUUUUGGAAGCUUUUCUAAACCAUGUUCACUAUGACAUUGACUUUACAAUUGAUACAAACGACCUCAACACCAAACCCAUCAUUCAUGAGUGCUGCUCUAUUCCCCCGGCCUCCUCCAUCGACGACAAUCUGCACGUUGUUAUCAAUAACGGGGUCAAAGUUGUCAAUUCUUCUGAUAGCAUCAGUCAUACCAGAGUUUUUAUUGUGAAACAUGUGAUAGAAAAUUCGUCUCCGUCUUCCCUCAAGGAUCUUCUCGCAGUCAAAGACUUUAACGGCCGGACUUGUCUACACUACGCAGCACAAAAUAAUAGGCAAGAUCUUUUGGAGAUCUUACUUCCACAUUUCCCUGUUUGUCACAUUGAUGAUCUUGAUAAGGAUUCAAUGUCUGCUUUGCUUUUGGCUAUCAGUUUUGACAACUUCGACAUGAUUACUACCCUUAUCAGCUAUGGCAGUAAUUGCUACCCUGAAACAAGCGAGUCCAAACUACAGUAUUUGCCAAUCAAUUAUGCGUGUAAAUUCGGCAACUACAAUACGUUGGAAUAUCUUUUGCGCUCAGGCAAUUCAACUCCCGAAAUGAUUAACCGUCAGGACGUUGAGGGAUUACUCCCACUUCAUGUGAUUGCUCGUUCGGGAAACUUUAAGCUUAUUAAAUUGUUGAUCCAAUACGGCGCAACCAUCAAUCACUUAGAUGGCUUGAAUAAGUGGCCUCCCAUAUUUUAUGCAGCUCUGGAAGGACAUGCCAAAACAACUCAUGAGUUGAUCAAAUUUGGUGCGAGACUAGACAUUGUUGAUGAAGAUGGGUACAAUGUUCUAUAUUACUGUGUUGUUGAAGGUCACAUUGAGGUUUUGAAUCAUUUACUCACUUACAAAAUGGAGUUUCCUCCAAGCAAUGACAACCCCAACAAGAGUGAUCAUGCCAGACAUGAAGAUACGUCAGUUUCUCUGUCUAUUGUACCACUGUCUAUUCUUGAUGAAGGAGAUGAUCUGGAAGAUAGCGGCGAUCCCGAUAAAAAUACAGAUGCAAUUCCGCAUCUUGAACUUCCCCCUCCAAUUUUGCCGCUCAGAAGAUAUGGACAUAGUUUUCUCGAGCAGAAGGUGCUUAUUGAGUUGAUUUUCCCCGUUGAUUCUCAUUAUAUUCAUCUUUUUGACUUGGGUACCGAAUUAAAGCCCGGGAGAAUCACGAUCUCUUCCAACUUAUCUGAUAUUGUUCCUAGAAACAUCCUUCUCCCCGCCUCUGAUGGUCAAAAAGGCACGACAAAUUGUAUGUUUCAAACUGACGUGGACUCGCUAAAUGGGUUUCGCAUUGAUUUUGAGAUUUUUCCCAAAUUCGGCACCCGCUUAAUCGCAAAAACAACGGCUUUGAAUUUCUCUCAAAUCGACACAUCCUCCCCUGAAAUUAACUCGAUCCUGUUGCCUCUUUUUGAUAUCCGUUUGCGAAACAUCGGAGAGUUGACAUUCAACUAUCAGAUUAUUUUCCCAUUUUCAGGAACACUUUUAGAAACCACCAAAUAUGAUACUUACUGGAAGUCUUCUGCAUCAUUUGUUAAGCGUCUGCCGGGCGUUAACGGGAAUGCUGCCGGAAGUUUAUCCCCAAACAACUUCUUGUCUCCCAACAGCAUUAACGCGAACAGAAUCGGCUCGACACCGUUGAAGCCAAAGCUCAUCGAUGUACAACCACCAGUGACUUUCCUGAAUUCCAACAUUCUGAACUCGUCAUUCGUGACUGCAACUUCUCUUAGCGGCGAAUACUUGAGGGUAAAAGUUUGCCUCUUGAACGAUGGCACACCAGUAAUAUGUCCACACUGGGCUAUAGCAGUUACAGACAAUAUUGAACUAUAUUUGCCUAAUCUCUCAUUGAAACAACUCAUUUCGAUGACCACAAGUCUCUUUGAUUAUGACAAAGUGUUGCAAGACUUGUCGCGAAUGAAAUCGAAAGAUUUACUUUUUGUCAAAAAGUUGUUGAAGAUCAUGUACAUUCCUCUAGAGACAGUCUUGAAGGUGUUAGAUCCUGGUAUCAACUUGAGUAUUGAGAUCAUUUUUCCCUCGCUUUUUGAAUUGGACAAUCUUCCAUUUGCUGGAAAUAUCCAGCUGAAUCUCAAUAAGUUCAUCGACAUCACGUUGGUCGAAAUCUUCGAACAUGUGAGAUCUGUGAAGCAAGCCAAUGAUGGCUCUAGCAGAUCUCUCAUAUUUCUUUCCUCGAAUUCAAUUGUGUGCAAAAUUUUGAAUUGGAAACAGCCAAAUUACCCUGUUUUCCUAAUCAUGAACGGCAUUGUUUACAAUAAUUCAAAAAACGUCUUCGAGGCAAGAACUGCAAAUGGUUUGCUCAUGGAUGAAAUCAAGAACGAGCCAUCGGUAAAGGAAGUUGUUAACAGCCCAACUUCUAAUACCCUGCAGAGCAAAUUGAAAUAUCAAUUGCUUGCCAACGAUCAAGAGCUCACCGUGAGGUCGAUAAAGGAAGCAACGGGAUUUAUAAUGAACAACAAUCUCAUGGGUGUCAUCACCUCUAUUCAUUUAUUAAAUCUAGUUCCCAAGCUUAUUCCGUUGAUUCGAUCUAGAGGAUUGGUACUCGUUGCGUCCAAUGACCUAUUUGAUUCGGAGGACAGCGAUUUCCUGUCACACAAAGACCUAGACACAUACACAAGAACUGACAUUAACGGUUUGCGAUUUGAUGAUGUUCUCAGUUUUAAAAAUGGUUCGUGA